GCAAUGGCCACAAGUGUCCCGAGCACGGGGUCCCGACUGUGCCUGGACAAAAGUCACUGCAGCGGCUGAACGCGAUCCUGUGAAGACCGGGGGAGAGACCUCGCGCUUUGCCUGACCGUCAAUAAAACACACUUUACCAGAGGUUUGGAUUAUGGAGUAAUAACCACUUCUUCUUCUUGUCUGAACCCACUCAGCCGUCUGUAUUUAAAGUGGGUGACAGAUCACAGAGAGAACAUAAAGGACGUCCUCCGCUGGCAUGCUAUGGCCUCUGUUUUGAGCAGUGUCUCAUAGUACUCGAGCAGAUCUCAGUAAACACUGGGGUGGUUUGAGCUGUAUGCUGCUGCAGCAGGGGCGAUCAUGUCCCAUAUGAACGGUUAUGUGCAAGAGGCCUCUGGUCAGGCCAAGAGCCACAGGGAGAGGGCAGUGGACUGUCCAGGGGACGAAAGUAGCCUUGUCAAAUCUCCACACUCCAGUGCCCACAUGGAGAGGAUUCAGCACUACCAGGAGGAGCUUAAGAAGAGGAGAGAGGAGGACAGCAGGGGGAAGCAUGACAUCGACCCCAAUGCUUCACUGAGGCUCAAGAAGCUGUCGCAGAACCCCAAGGUGGGCAUUGACAAUCCCACCUUUGAGGGAAAGGAGAAGGUCACCAAAGACACGUUCCUCCAGGAUCCUGUAGCUGAACUGGCGGAGUUGUUGCAGGCUCUGAAGUGGGCGCAUCACUGCCUGACUGAUGCGCAGAGCCAGCAGGAUGUGGAGCUGAUCAUGCAGCUCCUUGCCAAGGAGGACUUCAAGAAUGCCUACACCAUCUACAUUGCCGUAUCCCAGCAGAUGACGAGAGUCAUUCCCACCUCACCCCUCACGGCACAAGCAGAAGAUCUCUGCCAGGAGGUCCAGAAGAUCCUCCAGUCCAGCCAACAUAAGGAGGGUUUGGAGCUCAACGCUCUGCUCACCAAUCCUCAUCUCCAGGCACUGAUGCAGGCUCAUGACAGUGUGGCGGGGCAGGAAAUGGCAGAAGAAAGUUUGACUCAGUACAUUGGAGAGACAGUUAAACUGGUGCGGCUGGAGAAGGCCCGUGACACUCCACUGGGUGCAACAGUACGUAAUGACAUGGACAGCGUGUUGGUGAGUCGUGUGGUGAAAGGUGGAGCAGCAGAGAAGAGCGGCCUUCUCACUGAGGGAGAUGAGAUCCUGGAAAUCAACGGGACAUCUAUUCGUGGGAAACAUGUCAAUGAAGUCCAUGACUUACUGCAACAAAUGCAAGGCACUCUGACCUUCCUCCUCAUCCCGAGCUCUCAGAUUAAACCUGCCCCACACAGACAGACUGUGAUGCACGUACGAGCUUACUUUGACUACGACCCCUCUGAUGACCCCUUCGUGCCGUGUCGGGAGCUGGGCCUGUCCUUCCAGAAGGGAGACAUCCUCCAUGUCAUCAGCCAGGACGACCCCAACUGGUGGCAGGCCUACAGGGAUGGAGAUGAGGACAACCAGCCUCUGGCUGGACUCAUUCCAGGUAUAGGGAUCAGACCAGGGCUGAAUACCAAUAUUCAGUGUGUAUAUAAAAACAUAGUUUAUUGUUUUACAAGGGCAGAUAACUGCAAGGACAAAUUGCUACCAAUACAAAAAAUCCUCUACUGGUAUGGGAAAAGCUUCCAGCAACAGAGAGAGACCUUGAAGAAAACUAUAACAGACAGGAGUCCAGAGCACCAAGGGAGGCUUUGGUAUGCAAAGAAAAACAAGAGACAGAAGAAGAAGAGCACGACUACCUUGAGCAGAAACAUUGACUACGAUGACAUCCUGACCUACGAGGAGAUGUCACUUUAUCACCAGCCUGCCAAUCGUAAACGCCCCAUUGGUCUGAUUGGUCCCACAAACAGCGGUCACGAUGAGCUGCGUCGAAGGCUUCUGUCCAUCGAACCGGAAAAGUUUGCCGUCGCUGUUCCACACACAACCAGAAACUCAAGGAUACAUGAGCGGAAUGGGCGCGAGUACCAUUUUGUGAGUCGGCCUGGCUUUGAGACCGACUUAGCGGCAGGAAAGUUCAUCGAGUCGGGGGAAUAUGAGAAGAACUUGUACGGCACCAGCACCGACUCAGUUCGACAUGUCAUCAACUCUGGACGCAUCUGUAUGCUCUGCCUCCACACCAGGUCACUGCAGGUAUUAAGGUCCUCCAACCUCAAGCCCUAUGUCAUCUUCAUCGCUCCGCCUUCUCAGGAACGACUACGCUCCCUGCUGGCCUCAGACGGGAAAACACCAAAGGUACCCGCUGUACAGUGUUGCAAAACGCCUGAAGAGCUGAAGGAGGUUAUUGAAAAGGCCCGCGAGAUGGAGCAAAAUUUCGGCCACUUCUUCGACGCAACCAUUGUGAACAUGGAUCCAGACCAGGCUUUCCACGAGCUGCGCAGGCUGAUAGACAAGCUGGACACUGAGCCACAGUGGGUGCCCACCUCUUGGCUGUGCUAGAGGUCACAGGGUUAUGACUGGGUCAAAGGAGUCAAACAGAAAUGAAUGUUCCCGGUGAUUGAAGAAUGAAGGAUGGACAGUGCUGAUUGUCUUUGGAUUUUCACUUGCACAUUCUCCUCGUUUAUAGAAGAGGUGACCUUUACCACAUGUUGCAGGGAUGGACUCUUCCUCACAUUUCAUUAUGUUGGUGUGUGUGUGUGUCUUUGUGAUUUUUUUCCUGUUUGUUUAUUGUUUAUCUCAGUUUCAUGCAAAGUCAUUUAUCAAACACAUAGCAAUGUUUCUAUCCUAUUCGCGAUAGUUAUUUAUAAUUGUAAAUAUAUAUAUUUUCUAGCCAAAAGGAUAAAAUAUUUUAUUGAUUUUUUUUUUUUGUGUGGGUGAUAUACAACUGGUACACUCAACUUGGAGAGUGUUAUUGUCACAAUUUUGAACAGAUGGGGGAAAAAACUGCUGUAACCUGCACAGUUUCGAGGUGCUUCCUCAACACCAGUGUCAGUAUUAUUUUUUGUAGUUUCAUGUCUCAUUUUUCGGUGUGAUAACACACCUCAAAUCUAAGGUAUUGUCUCUAGCUGGUAAUCAUUACUAUCAGUAUAUCAUGCUGCAAAGCACUCCUGUAAUAGUUUCCACCAGUAUUGUCUAAACCAGACUCCAACAAAUAUGGUAUUGCUUCUUUGCAGAGAACUUAUUGAAUCGUAAGCACAAUUCUGGAAAACUGUUAAUAAAAUCAGAUACAUAUGUGAACGUUGGUAAUAUUGGUGUUACAACACUAAUGUGUACUAAUUCAAACUUUGCAAAGUCCGACCGUAACUAAAUAUGUGAUAAAUGUAUCAUUCUGAUGCAAGAUGGCUGCCAUUCCUUAUUUAGCUGGGUUAACUAAACACUUGCACAAAAUGUUUCCUCGCACACGUUGAAAGAAAUUUGAUCCUGCAGUCUUACCCGGUCCUCCUUUACUUCACAUGUGGAACUGAAAAGCUUCUACAUUAAUGCAAAUGCC